CUCUCAAGAUACUCUAUCUGAUAAUCUUUCCUAUUAUUCUCCUGUUGAUUAUCAUUACUGCGGCCAUGUUUCUGAUUCGCAGGAUCAUCAUCAAGGCAAGAUUAGAUCAACAAAGUGGAGCUAAUGGACCAUUGCAUUAUUUCCCUAUAUUCCUGUCACGACUUUCUACAGUGACAAACUUGCUUAUAAUGGGAUCUCGAAAUAAUACCAGAGAGAAUCUGUCGAUGGCAGGCAUUCCUGAUCCAUGUCGUGGUAGGGAUAAUCAUUCGCAUGAAACACUCCAUUCCCAAGAUCUUAUAAGAGCACAUGACCCUUGUCCAAGGCCAUCGUCUCAUACCCACACAGUGUAUGCAGCCAUUAAACUGCCAGAAAUGAAACAGGGAGGACAUUCCCCAAAGCAAAAACAAAAAAGUGGAUAUCCAGACAAUGGCUUGGAAACAUCCACAGUAACCUAUGCCACUCUGGAGUUUAUGGGAAAAAAUGAGCCAGCAAAAAGAAAACCUGAAGGUACUGAUGAUUCCGCAGUCUAUGCAACAGAAUCAAAAAAUAAACACUCAAAGAAUUCCCCAUCCGAGCCAUCUGAUUAUGAGAAUGUUUCUUUUACGGGUGCUCCUAAACCUCUAUUCACAAAUAUAGACUGGAAUUCUGAUACCAGUGAAGAAGACGAAAUGGAUUACGCCAGUGUGUCUUGUUCUGCCAAGCCUAAAUAUAAGCAGAAGUGUCCUAAUAGCAGUUCAAACUCUGAUGAAGAGGACAAAACUGUAUAUUCUGCCAUAAAAAUAUAAUUAAUGCAAGGAGCAAUAGUGUGUUACCAAGUGAAGUAUUAAAUUCUUAAUCUGAAUUUAACUUGAGCAUUAUGUACAAUUAUGUUGAACUGAAAAUGAAUAUGUAAUUGUAUUGAAAUGAUAUGAUAUGAUAAUUACAAUGUAAAUAUUUUGACACAAUGCUAGCUUGCAAUACUUUGCCAUUCAUGUGAAAGAUGUGUCAGUCAUGGAAGUCAUGCAGUAUGUUUUUAUAUAGCAUGUUAACUUUCAUCAAAGUGCCUUCCACUCCUCUUUUUUUGUAAAGUGCCAUUACAAUAAGACAAUAUUGGAAUGUUUUGAAUUAUGCUAUAAAGAUAUUAUUCCUUUGUAUGUAUCACUCAGAUGCCAUAUAUUUGUCUGAUGAACUCAAUGGUGUGAGCAUGGAAAUAUACUUUAAUGUUUCUGUAAUUGUAACUUUAGUAGCAAACAAGCUGUAAAUUGCUUGUUUCGCAUUUGAACUGAGCUGAGAAAGAGAAUCAUGUUUAUGUGUUAUGAUGCAAGUGUUAUUGUGUGAA